AUGUCAAUAAUACAACAAGAACAACCCAAGUUUAUAAAUGCUUUAUUGAUACCUGAGGAUACAGAAGAGGAUAAUAAAUACAUACAGCCAACAUCAUCAUCAUCAUUAUCUAUAGUACAACCCAAUAAUAGUAGUAGUAAUAAUAAUAAGAAAAGGAGUCUGGAUAAUACAGAGAUCAAACUAGAAGAGUCAUCACCCACCCCUAAAAAGGAACGUAAACCACGUAAAGCACCUCAUGAACUAUUAACAGAUGCAGAAAAGAAGGCAAAUCAUAUUGCAUCCGAGAAGAAGCGUAGACAGAAUAUUAAAUUAGGAUUUGAUCAAUUAAUUGACAUAGUGCCUUCACUCACCCAAGGCAAUAGAUCAGAGGCAUUCAUCUUACAAAAAUCUGUGGAUCAUAUUAGACAUUUAAUUAGUGUAAAGAAUGACUUGAAGAGUCAGAUAAAAGACCUUCAGAGCUUACUAGGAGAAUCAACGUUUGAUGAUGAUUCUUCUGAAGACGAUUUGACUUAUUCAUCUUUUUAG